CCCCUGCCGCAGCCCCUGCGUGUCCUGUGCCCGCAGACUCCUUCGCGUUCCCUCCCGCGGCCCCUGAAACUACCGCUGCUGCGGCUCCCGCGCCCCCGCCACCUCCCGCGCGCCCCAUGCGAGCCGCCGCCAUAACGUCCCCCUACACCGAGACUGCGCAGCCCGCGCAUGCGCAGUACGCGCCAACCCGCCAAGCCGCAUCACCGCCUGUAAUACAGCCUGCCAGCUCCCGCAGCCAUGCAGAAACCUACGCUCAGCCGGAACUUGUUACAGUGCCAUCGCAAAUAGUCCACACUGCCGCGCGUGCUGCACAGCCCCCGACGCCACAGACUUCAGCAGUUUCUGCACAACCACAGCCUUCAGCAGCCCUUCCCCCGUCCACGACCCUGCACACAGCACAACAGCAACACGAUUCUACAGCGACUUAUAUGUAUCCUUCCGCGCCUCUUCCACCGCCAGACCUACGUGCUACUGUAACAGCUUCAUGCCUGACGACUCCUCCCGCGGCUUCAAGUUCUUCUCACAUGCCUUCACUGACAAGCUCUCUGCCUUCUGCAUUCCUGCCUGUGCCUCCUGCAUCGUGCCCAAGCAUGACAAAACCACAGCUUGGCACACAAGCCUUGCAACGAGAAGGGGGAGGAUGGAAUGUGACAGCCACUUUAACAAAUACAGGACAGACAGAGAACUGUUUUGCCCUUGCAGAUGCUAGCCCUCUCAAAUCUGAGGAUCCACUAACACCAAUCCCGAUUUUGGAAGGUCCCCAGAAAUGUUCUGAUGACCUUCAACUGACAGACUGGCAUGAAGUCACACGAGAAAUUUGCAAAGAAGAAAAUCUAAAUCCUCUAGCCAUGCCUGUGAUAUUCAGCCAGCAAGCUGGAGGUCCCAGAACAGGGACACCUAUCCCAUCUCAGGACAUGAAAGAAUUGCAAAAAGUGAUAAAGGACAGUGGCAUCUACUCUCCAUAUUAUAAAGAACUGCUGAAAAAUACCCUAGAAAGAACACGCCAAACCCUAAAACGCAUUUUAAGUCAAGUGAAAAGGGGGAAAGCCCAAGCUACACCUCAAAAGAGAUUGAAGAAAGCUCAGUAUGUUUAUAAUUUUCUGAACAGCUCUGCAAAAGAGCCUCACCCUCACAUUUACAGACAUUUCUUGAACACUAAAAAGGUAAAACUGAAAGUACACCCCCCAGUUUCAAUUAAAAAUUUAGAAUCAAGACAGUUAGAAAGACCAUAUAAUCCUGUAACAUGGGGGAAGAGGUUUGCAUUUGCCUCCACAGAAGGAGGACUCAAGUGGGUCCCAGUGAAGAACGUGAAGCUGUACCACACAUCUAAGCCCGCUGAGACCCCCACAUCAGCCGGUACUUCUGCAAACCAAGAAGCAAGCACCCAGACCUGAGCUGCGCAGAAUCAUCAGGAGAAGAUGAUCCGCCAAAAGCAGCCCAAGAAAAGACUGAAGUUUUAUUAUUUGCAUGUUACUUUUGUUCUUUUGUUUUAGUUUUUGUAGUGAAGCUUUACCUAAGUCAACCAAAGAUGAAUGUCUGAGUUGUUUUAGCCAAGUCUGUAGGCUCUGAUACCAUCUGUCUCUCCGACAGAAGCCCUGAAAAACCUGUUUAGUUAGAGUAACUUUUCCAAAAGAUUUUGAAGGUUUUUGCUGCAUGAAUUUAUCCGAUCACUCUGUUUCCAUUCAUAAACAAUUGCAAGAAUUGAGAGAUUUAGCUAGCCAAAUUACAAUAGAUGACCCAUCUUGGUUAGACAAUUUGUUUGAUGGUUUGAGCUUUGCACCUUGGCUAAAGGAACUUUGUAAAAUAGGUUUGAUCAUUCUAAUAGUAGUAGUUGUAGUUUUAGUAGCAGUUCCCUGCAUACUUCAGUGUGUGAAAAAAGUAAUGAGUAAGACAGUGUCUAGUGUUUUAGUUGUUAAUAAGAACGGGGGAGAUGUUGGGGAGGAUGAAGCCAGAAAGCCCUAUAAAUAUGAUUGCCUCUAUUCUGAGAAUGUGAAACCUGUAACUGAGAUAGAAUUGAAAGUAAGUUUUGAUGUUUGAGAUGUAUUAGAUACUGGAUCUCUGGGAAAACAGUUAUGUGACCAUCUGAAAGUUACCUGCAGCCGGACCCAGAGGUCAAAUGGAAUGUUCUGUCUCACCCCUCAAUGUAUGGUUCAUCCCACACCUGUACCCCUCCCCUGAAGUAUCAGGUAUCUGUAACCCCAUUGGCCCAAGGCUUGUUCCAGCCCACCUUGAAGACCCCUGAUAAGGGGUCCCGGGGGGCUGGACGGUCUCUUUGCUCUUUGCUCUUUGUUCUCUUUCUGCUUGCACCCUUCCCUGAGGACUUUCCUCUCUUGGAAUUUCCUCUCCCUACUUCUCCCUUCCCCCACUUUCCUAGGCCUUGCCACGAGCUGCAGCCUGGCAGCUCCGAGCAAGGCCCCCACAUCCCUUACAAUAAACUUCAUCUUCUAAAACCUAACUUCAGAGAUCUCUCGUCUACAUUCAUCUACACCGUCCUGGAGUCCUCAGCAGCAGGAGGAAGCUAUUUCUACAUUUCAUCCUUUUGUUUUUGUAAUUUUUAGAAAAAACUGUUUACCACUCAUAAGUACAAAUGCAGCCUGAGAUUUUUAUUGGAAUGUGUUGUGAGGCACAUUGUCUUUCAACACUGUUAUUCAUGGGAAGAUUGAAAAGUUUUGUAUGUAUGUAUGUAUGUGUGUAUUGCACUUUUACAUGCUCCAGUGGUCAUUAUUUCAAGAAGAGUUUUUAAAAAAGUAUCAUCUCACAAUCUCAGAAGCCCUGGCAGUUCAUGCUGGAGUGAUUGAGAAAGUUCUCAUCCCUAAAUGAUGUUUAUUCUUGUGAAACAGAAGCCCUAAAACAGAAGUGCUGGACCAGGGGAUGUGUCUAGUCCUCAAGCAUUACUCUUCCCAGCCAGCUGCAUUGGAACCAAUUGGCUUGACUCUCAUAAUGCACCAAGCUGAGAACUGUAGCUGGGAAGAGCUUCGUGAUCUCUGUUGGAUUUAGCUGUGCCAGUUGAGUGAUGCAGCCAACACGAACGGUUGUCAUGUGUAAAACAGCUUUCGAUCACCAUGAAAACACUGCCCUGGGAAAGCAUCCAUGCUUGAUAUCGUUUGGUUCAUGAACAUUAAGUUUCCAGUACAGGUAAAAUCCCAGAUGAAGCCAAAGCCCUUUCUCUAUUGGCACCUGCUCCUGCUAUGACAAGUCUGAUGCCUGGUGCAGGGUUGCUUCCUAUACCUACACCAACCCCUUUGACUACACUUGGUGUUUCACUUGGCACUUUGGGGGCUAUACCAGCAGCAGCACUGGACCCAAACAUUACAACACUGGGAGAACUACCACAGCCACCAGUUAUGGGGAAUGUGGACCCAUCCAAGAUUGAUGAAAUUAGAAGAACAGUCUACAUUGGAAACUUGAAUUCACAGACUACAACAGCAGAUCAGCUGCUUGAAUUUUUUAAGCAAGUUGGAGAAGUCAAAUUUGUGCGAAUGGCAGGUGAUGAGACACAACCAACACGAUUUGCUUUUGUGGAAUUUGCAGACCAAAAUUCUGUACCUCGAGCUCUUGCCUUUAAUGGAGUUAUGUUUGGAGACAGGCCACUGAAAAUAAAUCACUCCAAUAAUGCAAUAGUGAAGCCUCCUGAAAUGACACCACAAGCUGCUGCCAAGGAACUGGAAGAAGUGAUGAAGAGAGUAAGGGAAGCCCAAUCUUUCAUAUCUGCUGCUAUUGAGCCAGAGUCUGGAAAGAGCAGUGAAAGAAAAGGUGGCCAAUCUCGUUCCCAUUCUCGUUCAGAAUCCAGGUCUAGCUCAAAAUCCCAAUCUAGGAAGAAAAGAUCUCACUCAAAACAUAGAAGUAGAUCUGGCAACAGAUCACUCUCAAGACAUAAAGACAGACGCAGAUCCAGAAGUCCCCUGAAAAAACGGUCUAGAUCUAGGGAAAGGUGGAGAUCAAGAAGUCGCUCUCAUUCUGGGGACAAGAAAAGAGACAAAGAAAAGGUCAAGGAAAAAGAAAAGGCCAAAGAAAAGGAGAGAGACCAAGACAAAGAGAAGGAAAGAAACUGGGACAGAGGCAAAGGAAAGGAAAGAGAGCGAGAUAAAGAGAAAAACUGGGAGAAGGACCAGGAGAGAGAGAAAGAGCAGCAUAAAGAUCGAGAGAGAGUUAGAGACAAGGAUAGGGAUAGAGACAGGGACAAGGACAGGGAAAAGAACAAGGAGAAGGAAGAAGACAGAGAAGAGGUAGACCAGAACAAGGAAAAAGAUGAUGUUAUGAAAGAGGGGGAGAAGGAUAGAGAGAAGAUUAAUGACAAGGAGGGAGAUAAGGACAGAGGGGAAAAAGAGGACAAAGAAAAGGAGAAAGAUGAGAAGAAAGAGAAGAAGGAACAAGAAAGAGAAAAAGAGAGAGAUGAUAAAAAAAAGAAAGAGAAGAGAUCUAGAACACCCCCAAGAAGCUAUAGCUCUUCAAGAUCUUGUAGCUCCAGCAGAGAAAGGCAUAAAAGGAAGAGUAGAAGUCUCUCCAAGUCUCCUAAAAUGACCAAAAAAAAGUAUUCACAAGCUCCUUCUCCGAGAAGAAACAAGAAAGAGAAAAAAAGAGAAAGAGAUACAAAUAAUGCAAGAAGAGAAAGGGAAUACUUCAAGAAAAAAAAUAGUAAAGAAAAAGAGGGAAAGGAGAAAUCUGACAAAAGCACCACUAUGAAGGACAAAGAUCACACUGAAGAGGAUCAGAAUUCAGAAACUGACAAGGAAGUAGGCAAUAGAGAUACAGAAAGGAUUGGUGAAGUCAACCUACAACAGAAUGGGAACUGUCGAUCAAAUGAUGAAAACAUCUCAAUUAAAAUGGAAGAGGUUUAAAGAAAAAAAAUGGACCUCUGACUCAACUAAAGAAUGAAAUCUGAAGCUUUUUAUCUCCCAGAACAAAGAAGAAAAUAACAAAGUAAUCAGCCUGAACAUGGUGAUAGUACUAGUAGCUUUUCCAAUUCUAGUGACAGCUUUGUCAAUUUCUUACUGUAAAGCAAGAGAGCACAGAUCAGUGGUUAUACCCUGAAAAGGUAGAUGCCAUCAGAACUAUUCAUGUCUGAAAAUCCAUGGAUCUCCAUGAUGGCUGUACUUAUUUGUAAAAUAAUUUUUGUUAAGUUUUGCCAUUUUCUGUUACAAAUAAGUAGAAACUGAAAGAUGUAAACCUGUACUAUCAAAAAAAAAAAAAAAAAAAAGUUGAGUAUAUGCAUUGAAAAUUGUUUAAAGUUCUGC